CUCUCUCUGAAACACACAUUCUCUCUCUGCCCUUUUCUCUCUCACACACAGAGCACACAUUCAUGUGUAGGAGAUGAAUCAGUUGUAAAGAAUUUCAUUUUGUUGGAGAGAUGAUCUCGAUGCUUCCGUUUGAUAAUACGGUGCUAGUUUCUUCUACUCAAGCAUGAAUCGCUCCUCUUGCUUAUUAUUCUAUCAUUUCCCUUCUUUUUCCGUUGUCUUUCCUCCCAAUUUACUAAAAGAAGCUUCAUACGAAGUGGUGCGAAUGAUGCGAUCUUAGUUCAUCUGAAUUCGUUUCACACUUUCUUUCAUGGGCUCUACUACAUGAUGACAAAAAUGAUAGCUUUAUCUAAACUAAGCGAAUGCUUUUAAUCAGAUAAUUAGGAUGCUUGAUUUGAAGUUCUAGAGAGAGAAAGAUAGAGGAGAGUUCUUGUGACUGUUUUAAGACAGCACAAGAAGACAGAAGAUAAUCUAUAGCAGAUGAUAUCCAUUGAUGAUCAUCCACCACCAGAUCCUUCAUCAUCUAAUUAUCAUAAUCAUCAUCAACAGCAACAGCAAGUUUCUCAUGAUCUCAAGAUCAAUAAUGGCGAGAAAGCUCCUACUUCUGUUUCUGUUUCUGACAUAGAUCUGCUGAAGCUUACUGAUGCAUUCCUUGAUGACACCAACAACCGACUUCCCAAUUUCUCUAUAAGAGAUUAUGUUUUUGGUUCAAGAUGCAACGAUAAUCUCACCUGUAAUUGGUCGUUUUCUAGUGAAAGUUUGCAACUAUGUUUGGAUUAUGGCGUGAAGAAUUUCUUGCCACCUUUCGAGUCUCUUGAUUCACUGAGGAAUAAUUCAUCUAUCAACAAUGAAGAAAUCACAACAAGUUUUAAUUGCAAAUCAAAAGAUGAUCAUCUAACGGAUCGUUUAGUUAAUUUCAUUGUCUCAGAGACUACAAUGGCUUCUAAAAUUUGUCCAGUUUGCAAGACUUUUUCAUCAUCUUCAAACACCACUUUAAACGCACACAUUGACAGGUGUCUAUCUGAGGAGUCAAAGUCAAAUAUUUCAGGGAGUGUGAAUCCAAAUCCUUCUAAGAUAAUGGUGAAACAUAGGAUCAAACCUAGGAAAACAAGGUUAAUGGUGGAAAUCUACAAAACUGCUCCACAAUGUACAGUGGAAGAACUUGAUAGAAGAAAUGGUACAAAUUGGGCUACUAAUUCGAGUUUUCCUGAUCAAGAAUUUGAGUGUCAAGAAGAAGAGGAAAAAGCUUUCAAUCAAGAUCAUGAAGGUGCUGUUUAUAUUGACACAAAUGGCACAAAAGUUCGGAUCUUGUCAAUGCCAGAAAUUGUAACUUUAGAAGCUCGAAAGUUACAAAAAGGGAGUAAAAUUGUCAUGGAGAAGAAGAAAAAGAAACUUUAUGUGCAAAAAAGUUUGAACUUUAGCCAUAAGAGCAAAAAGUUGAGCUCUCUAAAGCCUCACUCUGAUGUUUCUAAGGAAAACAAGAUUGAAGAAUCCAUGAAAGUUAAAGUAGAUAAGCAGUUGAUCAACAAUUUGGUCAUUACAAGGCCACCAUGGGCUUGUUCUAAGAGAAGUGUUCUUGUAAAGAAGUUGAAUGGAAAAAAUGGAAUCUUGCAUUCAGAAAGUGAUAAGUCUUCUGAUAAUAUGUCUUCUUUACAAUAUAGCAAGAAAGCAAGAACAGAAUUGACAAAAGGGAUAAAGUUUGCAUCUUUGAAAUCGAAUCUAUUGUUAUCUACUCAAGAAAACAAUUCAGGAUCCAAGAUUAAUUUGAAAAGGAAAUCUUUACACUUCAAGAAAUCGAAUGAAACUGAUGACCCAUUUCAAGAUUCUUUGAAACACAAAUAA